UCUGCUCUAGGAUGCUGCGGCAGGUUCUGCACAGGGGCUUGAGGACGUGUUUCUCCCGGCUUGGCCACUUCAUUGCCAGUCACCCGGUCUUCUUUGCUUCGGCGCCGGUGCUCAUCUCCAUCCUGCUCGGCGCCAGCUUCAGCCGCUACCAGGUCGAAGAGAGCGUGGAGCACCUGCUGGCGCCCCAGCACAGCCUAGCCAAGAUCGAGCGCAACCUAGUCAACAGCCUCUUCCCGGUCAACCGCUCCAAGCACCGGCUCUACUCGGACCUGCAGACCCCUGGGCGCUACGGCCGGGUCAUUGUCACCUCCUACCAGAAAGCCAACAUGCUAGACCAGCAUCACACGGACCUGAUCUUAAAGUUGCAUACUGCAGUGACCAAGAUCCAGGUUCCAAGGCCUGGAUUUAACUAUACAUUUGCCCACAUAUGUGUCCUGAAUAAUGAUAAGACUUGCAUUGUGGAUGACAUAGUACACGUCCUGGAAGAGCUAAAGAAUGCUCGGGCCACCAAUCGGACCAAUUUUGCUAUCACAUAUCCGAUCACUCACUUAAAAGAUGGAAGGGCUGUCUAUAAUGGGCACCAACUCGGAGGUGUCACUGUGCACAGCAAGGAUCGGGUGAAAUCUGCAGAGGCCAUUCAGCUUACCUACUAUCUGCAAUCAAUCAACAGUCUCAAUGACAUGGUAGCUGAGAGGUGGGAGUCCAGCUUCUGUGACACUGUCAAACUAUUCCAGAAAUCCAACAGCAAAGUCAAAAUAUACCCGUACACAUCCUCAUCACUGAGGGAAGAUUUCCAGAAGACCAGCCGUGUAUCAGAACGUUACCUGGUCACCAGCCUGAUCCUGGUAGUCACCAUGGCUAUUCUGUGCUGCUCUAUGCAGGACUGUGUCCGCAGCAAACCCUGGUUAGGCCUACUUGGGUUGGUGACCAUAAGCCUAGCCACUCUCACUGCAGCCGGAAUCAUCAAUCUUACUGGUGGAAAAUACAACUCCACCUUCCUGGGAGUCCCUUUCGUCAUGCUAGGUCAUGGAUUAUACGGGACUUUUGAAAUGUUAUCCUCGUGGAGGAAAACCAGAGAGGACCAACAUGUUAAAGAGCGAACUGCAGAAGUCUAUGCAGACUCCAUGCUCUCCUUCUCUCUCACCACUGCCAUGUACUUGGUCACCUUCGGCAUCGGGGCCAGCCCUUUCACGAACAUUGAGGCAGCCAGGAUUUUCUGCUGCAACUCCUGUAUUGCAAUCCUCUUCAACUACCUCUAUGUACUCUCAUUUUAUGGUUCCAGCCUUGUGUUCACUGGCUACAUAGAAAAUAAUUACCAGCAUAGUAUAUUCUGUAGAAAAGUUCCAAAGCCUGAUGUAUUACAGGAGAAGCCAGCAUGGUAUAGGUUUCUUCUGACGGCUAGAUUCAGUGAGGAAACAGCUGAAGGUGAGGAAGCAAACACCUAUGAGAGUCACUUAUUGGUAUGUUUCCUCAAACGCUAUUACUGUGACUGGAUAACCAACACCUAUGUCAAGCCUUUUGUAGUCCUCUUUUACCUUAUUUAUAUUUCCUUUGCCUUAAUGGGCUAUCUGCAGGUCAGUGAAGGGUCAGACCUUAGUAACAUCGUAGCAACUGCAACACAAACCAUUGAGUACACUACUGCCCACCAAAAGUACUUUAACAACUACAGUCCUGUUAUUGGGUUUUACAUAUAUGAGUCCAUAGAAUAUUGGAACUCUAGUGUCCAAGAAGAUGUUCUAGAGUACACUAAGGGUUUUGUGCGGAUAUCCUGGUUUGAAAGCUAUUUAAAUUAUCUUCGGAAACUCAAUGUGUCCACUGACUUGCCUAAGAAAAAUUUCACAGACAUGUUGAGGAAUUCCUUCCUGAAAGCUCCUCAAUUUUCACAUUUUCAAGAGGACAUCAUCUUCUCUAAAAAGUACAAUGAUGAGGUUGAUGUAGUGGCCUCUAGAAUGUUUUUGGUGGCCAAGACUAUGGAAACAAAUAGAGAAGAACUUUAUGAUCUCUUGGAGACUCUGAGGAGGCUUUCAGUCACCUCCAAGGUGAAGUUCAUUGUCUUUAAUCCGUCUUUUGUGUACAUGGAUCGAUAUGCCUCCUCUCUGGGAGCCCCCCUGCACAACUCCUGCAUCAGUGCUUUGUUCCUGCUCUUCUUCUCGGCAUUCCUGGUAGCAGAUUCGCUGAUCAAUGUCUGGAUCACUCUCACAGUUGUGUCUGUGGAGUUUGGAGUAAUAGGCUUCAUGACAUUAUGGAAAGUCGAACUGGAUUGCAUUUCUGUGCUAUGCUUAAUUUAUGGAAUUAACUACACAAUUGACAACUGUGCUCCACUGUUAUCCACAUUUGUUCUAGGCAAGGAUUUUACAAGAACUAAAUGGGUUAAAAAUGCCCUGGAAGUGCAUGGGGUAGCUAUUUUACAGAGUUACCUCUGUUAUAUUGUUGGUCUAUUUCCUCUUGCAGCUGUGCCUUCAAAUCUGACCUGUACACUGUUCAGGUGCUUGUUUUUAAUAGCAUUUGUCACCUUCUUUCACUGCUUUGCCAUUUUACCUGUGAUACUUACUUUCCUGCCACCCUCUAAGAAAAAAAGGAAAGAGAAGAAAAAUCCUGAAAACCGGGAGGAAAUUGAGUGUGUAGAAAUGGUAGAUAUUGAUAGUACUCGAGUGGUUGACCAAAUAACCACAGUGUGAUAGUGUCUGCUUCAUAUAUUUUCACCCCAGGUCUUACCAAGAACAAAAGGCUUAUGUUGCUGAAAUAAUUAAAGUCAAAGUUGUUCUGUUAAAAAAAAAAUAAGAAACAGACAUGGGAAAAAGGCAAAAGGUGAGGAUAAUGGGUGUGGCAUCUUUAAAAUUUUUAAAGCAAAAGGGUUUCUAUGAUAAUUUACUUACACACACACACACACACACACACACACACACACACAAACAUGACACGUAGUAUUUUAAGAAAGAUCAAGCAAAGGAAUGCUUAUUAAUAAACCUGAUCCUAUUUUACCUACAUUGCACAUAUUACUGAUAUUGUAAUAAGAUGCAACUGAUUGCAAGGUCAGCUGUUAUGACAAAUAUAGGUUUAAGCAUUGUUCAAACAACAAGGUUUUCUAAACUUCUAUCGAGAAGUACCUCUACAUAGGUUCUGUCAUUUGAGGUCUUCAUUGUUUCAUCUAGCACCUCAACACUCAAGGAGAUUCUGUGAAAGUUCUGAUCAGCAAGAGGAAGCCAGAACUUUUAAAGCAGAUGUGAUAGACUGAAUAUCAUCCACAAAUUGAAAUUGAGUGUCACCCCCAAAUUCUCUUAGGUGAGCCAAGUUUAUUUUUUCUUGAAUGAACUUGUCAUAUUCCUCCACUGAUGCACAUUUUAACACCUGUAUGGUUUAGUUAAUGCACCCAGAAAUCCAUGACAGCUCCAGCAUUACAGAACUGGGGCAAUUCAAUUUCAGAAUAUCUUGUUACCUGUCAUGAAAAGGGUCUACUUUAUUAGUUAUAGCCCUUGGCAGGAACCUCUGAGGGUACAAAGCCACAGAGUCAAGCUGAAAUAUCUGGCAUGUUGGAAGAAAAGCAGGUAUCUAUUUGAACAUACAGAGUAUUUCUAUAUUACCAAAAAAGAAAAGCCAGCUGGUACAGAUGUUUGUGGUUUGGCCCUACAUGCACUUUCGCAUGGAUGCCCAGAAACAACAUCUGUCCCAAAAUAACAUCUGCCCACAUAUAUGAGGAAAAGGAAAUAAACACCAAAAUGGUUAUUGGCCAACAAGUGCCAGAAAUUUUUUUUAUUAUUAUUAUUUUAGCUAUGUGAUGAGUUCUACUUGACUUAGUAGAGAAAAGGAAAACCUUUGAUAAGACUAAGACUUGGCAAUGAGAAACUUUAUAAAAGUGCUUGGAGAUAAAGGGCUCAAAGGAAAAAUAGGUGGAAUUUCCUGGAUAGGAAUAAUCACCAGUAUAAAUCAAUCCAUAACAGCAGCCAAACUUCCCUGCUAAACUGGCUGUACCGCCCCUCCCCUAAAAUGCCUUUUUGCUAUCUCUCUACUUCAUUAUAAGGCUCUCUGUACAUUAACAUGCCCAGAUAUUUAUACAGUUGAACAGUUGUAUCUACAAGGGCAAUGAUUCAUCGAUCUAAACAAUGACAGUUUGAUCUGAAGGGGGGGUAUGUGUGCUGCCCUCAGACCCCUGUAUUUCUUUAAAUCCAUAAAAAUUAAGCCAAAUCCUGGGUUACAUUUGAGGCAAACUGCUACAAUGUCUUUCCUUUUUAAAGAUGUAGCUUCUUUAGUCACCUAUAGUGGUAAGCAUUUCCAAAAGGCAUAUUACCUUUCAGGACUUUAGCAGACAUAUUAUACUACUUCCUCAUUCUCCACAAUGGGUGAAACAGACCUUGAAAAAUGAAACUGACCCAGGUUACACUACUAUAGGAGUUCCAUCAUUUCAACAUGCUGAAGACACAGCAGGACAAUUGUAUAUUUUCCUGUAGGUAGCUACUACCCCUUAAAGUUCAUACAUAAGGUGGGAACAUAAGGCUUCAUUGGCUAUGGAACAAACAUAUGUCUUUAAUGUCUGGAAUAAAAACACUUUGGAUUAAGUUUGGCUAUUAUCCUUCUAAACAGCAAAAAUGGCCAAAUGAUUGUGAUGUAAUCACAGCAAGUGAUAAUCUGUGCUUUUGCUCUCAUGUGCUUUUGUCCAAAAAGUUCUAACAAAUAUUCUAAUUUCUCAGUCUCCCCUGCAGACACAUUAAGCAGUCAUAGUAAUGUCUUUGUUCACGGAACAAGAAGAGGAGGAGUUUUAAAUCUAAAGACAAGUAUAUUCUUCACAAAAUGGCAAGUUUGCAUACUAGAUGUUCAAUCAGUUCUCUCUCUUAUGGUCCUGCAACCAGGAUAUUAUUUAUUAAAAAACAACUGAAGAAGGGAUUGGCUUUAUUCUUAAAUUAUAUGCUGCUAAACUGUUUUCUGAACAGUGUGUUCUAAACCUGCCAUUGAUUUAGUGUCAGCCAUGUGAAACAUCUCAGCUUAGUGAAUUCACAAAACUGACCCAACACAUGCACCAAUUAAAUGGAUUUUGUUGAGAAUUUAAUCAUCAAUUUGGUCAACCAGAAUGACUUACUGUGGAACUUUGUUUUAUGACACUUAGUAGUUUUCCAACUUGAUUGAGUCUCAGUGUAUCUUGAGAUGUUGUAUUUUUAAAUGGAGGGUAUUUUCAAACUUGUCACAUUCUCCAAACUUGUCACCUUCUCUUUUCAGCACUUGAAAUUAAGGUUUAUGAAAUUCUGACUGUAAAAUGAAUUUUUCUAUUGGAGGACUGCAUGCCAAAAGUUAUUUAUUGUUGAGCAAUUAUUAUGUAUUUGUUCAUAUUUAUUAUUGAUUAUUAAUAGUGAUCUGACAGCAUCAGUCUAACUUCACCAUGGAGAUGACACUGUAGAAAUAGCUCAAAAAAUUUUAAGUCUUCAUAAAAUUUCCCUUUUUAAAUUGCUAAAAGGGAAGGAAUGAUCUCAGCAAAUUAUUUUUUCUUUUAAUUAAUUCCAACCAAGACAUUAAUGUUCACUUUACCAAAGAAACAUAUUUGGUUGGUUUUAAGUUAGUGUUUGGUGUCCAUUUACCAAAGAAAAUGUUCCAUCAUCAAAAUAUUUUUCCUGGUCAACUAAACUACUGUGAUGUUUGGGCCUUCUGAACGAAGAUAAGAAAAGCCAAGGUAAGAGGAAUAAUAUUCUCUCCUUUGGUAGAAUCCAGCAGAAGAUGUAAAUUCACAAGGGAAUUGGUGUUUACAAAAAAGAAAACAAUAAUGGAAAUUGGAUUUUGUUAUUCUUACAUGCAGUAAUGUUCCAACAAGGACCAUGAGGGAUACACAGGCUAAAAGUACAUUUUGUUCCAGAGAAAAUGUAAAACAAACCUUCAUGAAAAUCUCUGUCCAUUGUUCCUGCUAAUAAUAACUCUUUGUGUGUGUGUGUUUGUGUGUUUGUUUUGGGCUAGGUUCAUUUUUGCUUGUUUGAUUAAUUGGUUGGCUGGGUUUAAUUUUUAUUGGGGAAGGGGUUGUCUUCAUUUUGCUUUCAUUUAGUUUGUGGGUUUUGUUCAUGUGGCUUCUGCCUCUGCUCUCAGUCUCACCUCUAUAUUUUCAGUCAGAAGUGAAAUAAUUAGAGGUCUCCUCCAUGGCCGCUGUUAUUCAUGAAAUCUACUGCUCUAAAAAGACCUUUGAGAAACUGUUUAUUUUAAAUAAUCACUUCCCAAUUGUCUGUGGCAUUCUAAGACUAUGACACUACCUUCCUCCAACCCCAGCAACAGACCUUGGCUGUGUCCCUCAUGAGAACAGGUCAAAUGAAGAGCCACCUUCGGGGUGUGGUAUGGUAUGAGGCAAUGCCUCUUGGACACAAAUGGUACCCUCUUCAUAAUGGCUUUAUUCCUUUGGAUCCUAUUAAAGAUUCCCUGCAGCUUGUACCAGUGUUUGACCUCUGUGUAUCUCUGUUUCUUCAUCUGUACAGUGGGGAUAAAAAACAGUAAAUAUCUUUAAAUUC